AUGGAAGCAGCCAAAGCAGCCGUUCAGAAGAUCACUGGCCACCGGGGUCAACACACCACGGUCGAAGAGACCGUCAACCCAGCGGUUACUCGAGAAACCAUCAAACCACAUCGUCACGAAGAGGCUACUGAAGCCGUUGACCGUGAAGUUCAUCAGCACCACUACCACACGACCGUGCAACCACUUCAGCACCAGGAAAAGUUGCCUGAGAAGCACACCCACAACAUCCUCCCUACCGAAGAACGAGAGUUCCACCAUGACAACCCCAAAGACACCGAGAUGAAGCUCAGCUCAGAGCUGGGUCACUUCAAAGACCACAGGACCACUGAACAGGUCCGUCAGACGCAAUCUGUAGCUCCAUCCGUCACUGGCGAGCAUGUUCACCACCACGUCCAUGAGACUGUGGUCCCGGUAGUCCACAAGGAGACAAUUCAACCAGAAGUGGUCCACACCACGAUUCCUGUACAUGAAACUCACUAUGCCGCCGCCCAACAUCACGGCUUGUCCGCCUUGCCCAUGAAGACCCUUGAUGAGUUCAAGAAUGCUGGUGGUGUCCUCACUGGGGGUAAGCACAGCGCUCACGAAGAAUACGAGGGUGCUCCUCGCAAGUACAACGAGAAGCUCUCCACCACACUUGACAAGCUUGGCCUCGAAGCCAAAGAGGCAGUGGGUGGUCAUCACAAUAGUAGCAUGAGCAACAGUCACACUGGCACCAGUGUUGGUAACGAUGCAAUCCCUCGCAAUCGUGCUGAAGCUGCUGGAACUACUGGCAACGAUGUCGGUGGUGGUCUUGCUGACAAGUCGAAUCUCCGUAAGGAUUCCGGGGUUGGUGGUUUGGGCAAUGGAAAUGACCUACACAGGAAGGAAGUUGGCAGCAACACUCACACCAAGCCCAGUCUGAAAGAACGACUGGACCCUCGCGUUGACGCUGACGGCGAUGGCAAGCGUGGCUUCGCAGACUGA